GCUCACUAUCUUACCAACACUGGUAGCUUGUUGUAUGUGAUUUUUGCAAGCUACAUAAUUUUUUGAUUAUCCCCACCAUGUGCGACGUUGCAACUGUCCAAAAGAUUGCCCAUUGCUUGGGGGUCAAUCCCGGAAAGGUGCAACUGAACGAGGAACAGGUCGUAACCCGGACCAGUGGCCAAAAAAAAACCGUGGCUGGAUUCGCCACUAUUUUGGAGAGUCUGGCCAAGGAAUCUAAGUCAGAGACGGCCCAAAACAGCAAGGUAUCGCGUGAGGUGGAGGCACAAGUCUAUCAGUGGAUCGAGUUCUCAGUUCUCUACGUGGCGCCCGGAUCCAAGGACAAACACGUGUCAAAACAACUGCUGUCCGACUUUAACAAACUCUUUGCCAGCAAAUCCUACCUGGUAGGGCACUUCAUCACUCUGGCCGACCUAGCAGUGUAUUACGCCAUCUAUGAUCUUGUGAAAUCCCUUUCUCCUGUGGACAAAGAGGCCUAUCUGAACCUGUCCCGCUGGUUUGACCACCUCCAAAACCGUCCAGACAUCCACCAGGGCGAGACCUUGCUCAACUUCACCACAAUCUACCUGCACGGCUGGGCCACGGGCACCCACAUCUAAUUCCAUUUCGUGCGACAUAGCAUUUAUCCACUGUCACAACUGAGAAACUUAAGUUAUUUAUUUCUAUUGCAUUUCACAAUGUAGUUUUUUUUUGUGAUUAUCAUUUAAUGCCAAUGAGAAGUUCAGCGUUGGAAUAUGAAAUAUCGUUGUUGUAGCCCACAAGAAA